AUGACUAUAUUCAACAUCCCGUUCACUGUCGUCGAUAUACUGACAACGGACUGGAUCUUCGGGCAGUUGUUCUGCAUUUUGGUGCCAUUCAUUCAGGCCUGUUGUGUGUAUGUGUCGGCCUUCACGAUGUUGGUCAUCGCCAUCAAUCGGUGGCGAUCUAUAUAUGAGACCAAAUACAAGCACCGCAACCCUAACGGCGCUGGCAUUUGCUCCAAACUGGUGGUCGUUAUAUCCAUGAUAUGGCUGUUGGCGGCCAUACACUCGUUGCCGCACACUAUCUUCAAUGGUGUCAUUUCGAUGGACACACCCAACCGACAGACCGUCAGGAGGUGUCGUACCGUCUCACCCGAGGCGGUGCCAGACAUCCAGUUAUGGAUUACAAUCAUUACGUUUGCCACACAAUAUGUCAUCCCUUUAUCCAUAUCGGCGAUCGUCUACAUAAGGAUUGGGUUCACAAUCGCAUCGCUCGGAAACGUGUGUUCAGUGGUCAGUGAAGAGCAAAGGACUGAGUUAUCGUAC